AUGAUGCAGUUGAAAAGAAUACAGAACUCACAGGGGCAAUGGCUUGACAAUGAGGAAGAGAUUGCAGAGGAGGCUGUUGGGUUUUUUCAGGCACAAUUUCAUGAAACUGUAGUUCCUACACAGUUUGAUAUCUUGAAACAUGUUCCUUCCAUGAUUAGUAACGAGCAGAAUGAAGAACUCGUUGCGAUUCUACUAAAAAAAGAGGUGAAACGGUACAUAACUCAUACAAAUCUUAUUUUGUUACCAAAGAAGAAAGAUGUUCAGACUUUUAGUGACAUGAGGCCAAUUAGUCUGAGUAACUUUGUGAACAAGGUGUUUUCCAGAGUGGUACAUGAGAGAAUGGUGCAUUUGUUGCGGUUGAUAUCACGGAAUCAAGCGAGAUUUGUGAGGGGUAGAAGCAUUGUGGAGAAUAUUUUAUUGACUCAAGAAAUAAUCAACGAUAUCAGACUCAGAACAAAUAAAGGUAAAAAGAAUGCCAAUGCUAUUGUUCCUAAUGUUGUGAUGAAGCUGGAUAUGACAAAGGCCUAUGAUAGGGGUGUUAAGCAAGGUGAUCCUUUGUCGCCUACUUUGUUCAUAUUAGCUGUUGAAGUAUUAUCAAGGGGUUUGAAUGCUUUGCAUAACAAUUUGUGGUUCACUGGGUUUGGAGUAAGAUGCCUUCUACACGAACUUAUAGCAAAGGUGAGAAACAGAUUGCAAGUGUGGAAAGGGAAGUUAUUAUCAUUUGGUGGACGGGCAAUUCUGUUGAAGCAUGUGUUACAAGCCAUGCCUAUGCAUUUGUUAUCUGCUGUUGACCCACCUUCCUUUGUGAUUAAGAAACUGCACAAGAUAUUUGCUCAAUUUUUCUGGAGCAACGCUAUUGGUGAAAGGAGCAGGCAUUGGACAGGUUGGGAUCUUUUGCUUGCCUUGUGA